CAAGAGCGUUGCUGUCUCGACUACAGACCAUCGAGUCUGUUCUCAGCGCUUUAAGCGCCCCGUGUCUCUCUGUUCUCCAACUAGUGUGUCGCUCUUGUGAUCAAUAAUAGAACAAUACCAUGAUCGAUCUUUAUAGCUGGCAUUAACAAAUAAUUUUGUAUUCAUCCGCGUAGGACACUUUUGUAUUACGCUCGUGCUGGUAUACUGUAUAAGAAAUUUAAAUAUAAACAAAUACUAUCAGUUUUAUGUAAUAAACUUAAAUGAUGUCAAUAUUUGUAGUAGACCUUCUUUGUGAUAGAUAGUGAAAUUUGUGUGCAAAUAGUUUGUUGAAGUUAGACAAUCCAUCUUGUAAAUUUGUGAUUUUGAUUUCGGGAAAUCGCAAGAAAAGUGGAUUCAAGCUAAAUCUAGAGAUACAAACCCGAGGUGCAGUGUGUGUUUGUUCAGUUUUGAACCAGUGAUUCUGAGUUUGGAUCCCUAGUCCUUUCGGACGUAAUGCCGGACAUUACUUGCUGAUUGGAUAAAGUGUGUUCUCGUGUCGGACUAAUUAGUGGCUGUGUUUGAUGGUGUUCGGGGAACUGAUUAGAUUUCCUCGUCGACUGAAGCAUUGUCUACUUUUCAAAGUUUCUUCGUCCAGAUUCGACUCUAGAUCUAUGUGACCGUUGUCUACAAAAAGCGUCCGCAGGAUAUACGCUGUGAUGAGAUGGUCAUGAGUCAUGGUGAACACGUGACGAAUAUGGCGGCCUUCGAUCGUCUGCGCGUAUUUCGAUGGCGGACAUACGUUUAGAUAUUGAAACAAAGCAACAUUGUAUUGGCAAAUUUAAUCAAAGGCAUCAAAAAACAACUACAAGUAACAAGAACAGAACAACACACAAACGAUCUAGAUCUAGGUGAUAAACAUGAAACGUGGGAUACGAUAAUUCUGCUACAUUUCCCGACUUGUAAGUCCAGCAAAAUGACGUAAUAAAAUGGAAAUAAGAUACUCCGAUUAUCAUGAGUAUCACCCACUAUCUUGUACAUCUUAUUCUAAGAGAUACAUGAAAUGUAAGCUUUCAACACGCAUGUCCUUGAGCGAGAUGACUUGAUGACGUCAUUCAGUUUGUCUUCUUCUUCUUUUUUUUUUUUAUUUCCGGUAUCUGUUGCAUCAAACAUGUAUUCGUUUGUUAAUCUCUAACCAGCAAGGGAAUUUUCUUUGACUUGAAAUCGGACUUUCAACAGACGUUGUACAAAAAUAAUCUCAAAGCCGAAACGGAGAUCAAGUGACAUGCAGACGAUAUCAUGGUUUUCAAAACUACUUCCACAAUACGGAAGAGGUUCCCAACUAUUUUUCCAUAUACAGAUUUAUUAUAAAGAAGUUUUAUGUUUUAGGUGAAAAUAACAAAUUAAAGAUGUUUCUGCUAAUCGGAAAUAUAAUUUAAUGAAAUAUUUUUUCCAUGAGAAGGAGUGGCACUAAUGAUUCUACCUCGAACCAAUUGGACUCCAGACACAGGAUAUAAAAUUGGAUUUUGUUUUUACCCUAACUGGAAGAUGUAUCAUAAGAUUGAUGCCAACUUUAUUUACCAGCAGAUACAAAAAUAAUUAAGUUAAAUGCUGGUGAUUUUCGCUUGAAGCAGCUUAUACGGAUUGGAUUUUUACGACUCUUUGUUUGGCAAGAGAAAGGGGGGCGAUGGUCCAUCUGACACCCCCGGACAUCUACAUGGGGCGAUGGUACUAAUCCAGCCCCACAGCGUUUCGUUGGGGAAUACAUGUAGAAGUGCCCAGGUCAGCAUGACUGGGGUGUCCUACGGAAACUACAGGAUCGUCCUUCUUGUGCUGAUGGUGUUGAACUACACCCUCACUACACUCCACGCCUCUGACUCACAGAACUCUUCAGCUUCCUCAACUUUGUCAUCCUCGAUACCGCCGCGGCUCACUUCCGCGACGCGCCCUCCGCAAAACCACACCACCUCUUCGCUGUUGGGGCCGACGUCCCCCGCCAAAGAGCCGCCCCCAGCCAACAGCAAUUCGAACACGAAACCGACUAAGCUGGCGGAACUGUCUCUAACGGAUAAAGACACACUGGGCAAGCUUGAGAAAAUCUUCCUGAAGAGAGCCGGCCUUCAGAAGAAGCCAACCAUCAGGCCGGAGUUUGCGGUGCCCGAGUACAUGUUGGAUCUCUACCGUACCCAGGCCACGACCGGCUACCUGCAGGUCAAGGGUAAUGGGCCUCUAUCUGCAAACACUGUGAGAAGUUUCGUCCAUAACGAUGAAGAAAAUGGACGAUGCAAGCCUCCCUUGUGUGCACAUAUUUCUUUUGAUGUCAAAUCAAUCCCCGAAAAUGAAAUUUUAACAGGGGCGGAGCUAAGACUUUACAUCAACACGGGGUCGAGCUUUAACGACCCUCUUCUUGACGCUGCAGCGGGGCGGCUGGUGACCAGAGAAAAGCACCACUCAGACAACGCCACUGUGCAUAGGUGUGAAAUUCACCAGAUCUUGCGCCCGGAAACGCCCGACAGCGAAGCCAUCACCAGGUUGCUGGACACCCACGUGAUCGACCUAACCAAGUCCAGAUGGCAAACUUUUGACAUUCUACCAGCGAUUUUAAAAUGGAAAAAUGGCGUGAACCACGGCCUUGAGGUUCGGCUAAGGUCAAGGGCGCCAGUUCUGACAACCGAGCACCACGUUCGGGUAAGGAGGGCAGCGAGCCUGCAGGACCUCGAGUGGGCCAUCACAAGGCCGGUCCUAGUGACAUACACGCAUGACAAAUCUAGUGCCCCUUCCACCUCAACGCCGUCUCCUAAAAAAACAAAACUCCGCCGUAACAAGCGAAACGCCAGCGGCGGCGCCUCGAAAAAAGACAAUGGUAGAAAAAACAAUAAAAAGCGCGGGAAAAAGAAACGGAAGAAGGUGAAAGGGAAAAAAAAUAUUUGCAAGAGGCACAGCCUCUACGUCAACUUCGACGAGGUGGGCUGGAACGACUGGAUCGUGGCACCCAACGGGUACAACGCUUACUUCUGCCACGGGGAGUGCAUGGCGCCCUUGCCGGACUUUGCCAAAGCCACCAACCACGCCAUGCUGCAGGCGCGCGUGUACAAGGUGAACCCAAACUCGGUGCCCAUGGUGUGUUGCGUCCCGAUCAAGAUGUCGCCCAUGUCCAUGCUCUACAGGGACGAGCAAGGAAAGACGAUCCUCAAGGUCUACCAGGACAUGUCCGUUGACGAAUGCGGAUGUAAGUAGAACAGGAAGAAGGCGCCAAGACACGGCACCAAAAAAAUAAUAAAA